AUGGCCAACCUGGCAUCGACGUACAGGAAUCAAGGGCGAUGGAAGGAGGCUGAAGAGGUGUUUGUGAAAGUGAAGGACACGAGUUUGAGGGUGCUUGGGGCCGAGCAUCCAGAUACGCUGGCCAACACGGCUAACCUGGCAUCAACGUAUAGGGAUCAAGGGCGAUGGAAGGAGGCUGAAGAGCUGUUUGUGAAAGUGAAGGACACGAAUUUGAGGGUGCUUGGAGUCGAGCAUCCAGACACUCUGACCACCAUGGCGAACUUGGCAUCAACAUACAGGAAUCAAGGGCGAUGGAAGGAAGCUGAAUAG